AUGGAGGAUAGUGUCGUAAAGGUUGGAGGACGGUUGAGCAAUGCAUCUAUGCCAGGGAAAGCAAAGUAUCAUGUGAUCCUGCCAAAGAACAGUCUCGUUUCUCGGUUGAUACUCGAGGAUAUCCAUAGGAACUUGAUGCAUAGUGGUAGAAACCAUAUGAUUGCUAAGCUCAGGCAGAGGUAUUGGAUCGUUAACGCAAACUCCGCCGCUAGAAAGGGCUAUUCACAUCGAGAUGGCCGCAGUUUGGAUACCGAGUCUUGCAUCAACGCGAUCCGGAGGUUCAUCGCUCGUAGAGGUCAGGUCGUAAAGCUGCGCUCAGACAACAGAACGAACUUUGUUGCAACUGAAAAGGAGCUUAAGUUAGCGUUUCGCAGUAUCGAUCAGGAUAGGAUCCAGCAGAUGUUGGCCAAGCGAGGCAUUGAUUGGGAGUUCAGCACCCCUUCCGCUCCACACCAAGGGGGUGUUUGGGAACGUCAAAUUCAAACCGUAAAGAGGAAACUAAAAGUUGUGUUUAAGGAGCAGUGCUUGAACGACGAGGGCCUGUGCACGUUGCUUUGUGAGGUCGAGGCUGUGGUUAACGAUAGACCACUCACUAGAGCAUCUGACGACCCCAACGAUUUGGACGUUCUUACUCCAAAUGACCUGUUGCUGCUCAAGAAGCAACCGUUCAUGCCUGUGGGAACAUUUGAUAGGGACGACCUAUACGCUAGGCGCAGAUGGAUACAAGUGCAGUUUCUUGCGGAAUUGUUUUGGAAAAGAUGGCUUCAGGAAUAUCUCCCCCUUCUCCAGACAAGGCAGAAAAGGCUUGCUCCCAGGAGGAACAUUGUUCCUGGUGACAUUUGUUUGGUCGUUGAUCAGAAUUCUCCAAGAGGAGUCUGGCAGUUAGCCAGUGGUGGAGACUUACCCGGACAAGAGAGGAUACGUCAGACGAGUAAAGUUGCAGACAGCAAGUCGAUCGAUUCUGGAGCGGCAAGUGCAGAAGCUGUGCCUUCUGUACGAGAUGGACAAUCCACAGAGGGACUAGGUCACUACAACAUACACGUUGUUGUGAAUCGUGCGCUUCUUCAAUGUUGA